UAUUGAAACGUACUUGCGCAUUCACAAUGCGUGAGCGAACGGGCGGAAGUUGAAAUAGCCUCUGACGCGUAACCGGAAGAAGUUUCCAAAAGUGAAACAACACGACCAACUUUGCUACUGCGGCACCAGUACGGCAGCAAGAUGGCGCCUAGAGUGGAUGACGUCAUGCGUCUGUGCUGCGAGAUUUCGGCCCACGAGGACAUCAAAGUAGCGGUGAAGAACUCGGCCAAAGGAGCCAUGGUGGCGGGAGGAAGCGCGUUUGUUGGCGGCAUGCUUGGCGGACCUCCCGGUAUCGCUGUUGGUGGUGUCAUAGGGAGCCUGCUGGGAAGCUGGCUGACCAGCGGUCAGUUCCGGCCUCUUCCUCAGAUCCUGAUGGAGUUGCCGCCCGCCCAGCAGCAGAAGCUGUGCAAGGACGUCAUGGCCAUCCUGAGCGGUCUGGACUGGACGGACGCGGCCCAGCUGGUCGCCAUGGUGAUGGGCAGCGCCACGCUACAGCAGCAGGUCAUGGCCGCCCUGCUCAACUACAUCACCAAGGAACUGAGAGCGGAAGUUCGUUAUAGAGACUGACAAAGGGAAAUUUAGAACUGUAAGAGUUGUAUUUUUCUACUUGAAUGUUUUCUAGCAAUGAAGACUUUUUCGGGGGAGUUUCUUCAGUGGCAAAGAACGAACUCAUGUUUUGCACACACUCGUUUUUAACUGAUAAUAUUGUUUACAAAUAUGUCACUCUGCAUCAGGGGGAUUACGUCAUCACUGGCCUAAAUUAAUAAAAGAAAAAAUUCCUUACAAACAAUAAAUACAACCUUUUUUUUGUUUAAAA